AUGCUCUCGUUCCAUUUUGUAAUUGGUUGCAAUUUGGUAAUUUUAAUGGAAAAGCGAUGUCAAUUUUAUAUUCACAACGCCCCACCUCCCCGAUUCUCACGAGUCACGACUCACGACUCACGACUCACGACUUUCCCUUCCUAUAUUUUCAUGGUUCCUAUUCCAACAUCCAGACCCUUCAGUACAUUUGUCCGUCCCAGUAGCGAGAGCCUCCUGUCCAAACCAAACCAAAGUAUUAAACCGAGGGGCAGCGUGGACGGAAGCGGCGAAAGAAUGAAAACAGCAGACAGGGUUCCACUAUGUCUCUGUACAUCUUUUCACUGGCUUUUCUUCUCCUUAGUUUUGAGUUCGUGCUCUUUCGUCUUUUCUGCUGUCGAUGAACUCUCCAUAUUUGUUGCUCAGCCUAUUACAUUGCAACUAUCUUCUGGGUUGCCUGUGGAAAACUCACCCGGUUCUAUACCUGGGGAAGUAAUGUUUUGCCAAAGGGUUCACAUAUAUGGCCUAUCAAGGCUUCAAGAUCUUAGUAAGUAUGCUCAUUCAGUAAAAGCUGUGGUGAAAGAUGCACGGGCAGAUUCAAGAGGUCGUCUACCAAAUAUCGAGGUUUGUUUCCAUAGAAAUGUGUCCCUUGGAAUAGGCAUGUGCACCGAAGGCGUGUGGGAGAAACUUACAAAGGGUUUGUGGGUUCGAUCUGUGUCACCUUACAUGAACAAUCUUCUAGAUAUUCGGAUGCCUGGUCCAUCCUUUGAAGUGCUUGAGGUUUCCGUUGAAGAAGAACUUUUGUUGGAUCGUGUGAUUUUUUUGGUCUUGGGCAUAGCUCUGAUGACACUGGCAGCUGAUCUUAGCAUGUCUAUAAUGUUCUACUAUAGCAGCGCAAUGGCUAUUGGCAUUAUCCUUGUGAUUCUGAUGAUUCUUUUUCAGUUGCAGCUGUACUCAACUGCUUCGAGCUCCUUUGUGUGUGAGCUGUUUGGGCCAAGGAUUUGAUCGAAGGUAGUCCUCCCCCAAGCGACACAAAUCAUCAGAUUUCAGUUGCCGAAAAGUCACUUUACCAUCUGUUCUCAUACCUGCAACUGAGACCGACAUUGUUCUACCGCCAGGUUCUACUUCUGGUCUUUCCCGCAGCCUCCCAGCCUGCAAAUCCAAGUGCUUAUCUUGUGGGAUCGAUAGAGCCUCUUCUUGAGAAGCUUCACCUGAAAUCUCAGGCCAAACCGAGGCCUGGUGAAGAAGUUCUCUCGAACUGACGAUUCUUCAGUUUCCACUGGUUUCUGGUUCACAUGAUAAGAAGAAGAAGAAGCAGGUUUUUUUUUUCUUUUGUUUUAAAAGAGUUUAU